AUGUACAGCAUUGGUCAUCUGUUUUUGGGUGGAUCAAUUCGAAUCGAAUCCAGUGACAGUUUCCUGUUUGGCGCCUCUUCGGUAGAAGAACUACUCAUGGAAGGAGUCGUUGGCCAGCUCGAUGAGGCGUUUUUGCUAGACGCUUCUAUUCAGUUGGCUACAAUCCGAGAUUCGGCUGUCCAGAUAGAUAGUCGGGGAGCCGCUACCGUGGAGUCUCCUUAUCUGACGCACUCAACGACAACACAUCAGUCAUCGCUUCAUAUGACAAAUGUAACGAUGAGCUCGCUGGUACCACAGCUGAUGGUUCAUUUCGGAAAGAUUGUCGUCUUCAAUUGCUCCAUUGAUCGAAUUCGUCCAAGCCGAAGUUUCGCUCUGCCUCGGUACGACACUUCGCUAGCGUUCGCCCAGACCACAAUAGGCAUCGUGGAGUCCUAUGCGUUUGCCAACAUGUCCGCCCGAAAUCUCAGUAUAACGGGCUGCACAGUUGGAAAGAUUAUGCGAUUUGCGGCUGCAAGCAGUCGCUUCAUUCACAUGCGAAUUGAUGACACUCGCAUCGAAUCCAUGGAAGAGGGCUUGUUCCAAAACUCGCAUCUCAAAAGUCUCACCAUCGAGACGUCAGCCAUCGCUCAGGUGCUCCCGUUGACCUUCCAACGGUCUGCCAUAAGCGAAUUGAGAAUCGUUCUGACGGACAUUGGUAGCCUUGACAAGCACGCCCUCAGAGGAGCAAGACUUCAUACUUUCAUCUUGGACACAACAAAUGUGCACAACGUGAGAGGAAAGCCUUUUCUCUUGGCUGAGAUAAACGCUUUGCGGAUCGUUAACUGCAGGCUGCGUGGUACUCCGGCCCGUGACGUUUUCUGGAGGCUUACCACAACUCGCCUUUCGGUGACCAACACAACCUUUGACUGUGAUCCGGACGAUUGCGAAGUGAACUCGAUGCUUUUAAAGCCACCUCGUCACGAACUCUUGUGGACGUUUGAGGGGAAUUCGUGUAGAACUCCACCGGCACCUGCCACCAACGGGAAAGCUCUUUGUACUCGUCCAAGUGUACUUCACCGAUCAGGACUGACUUGUCGACGGAGUUGGGCCAUAGCCGAUUGUGUGUGCAGUGGGUCGUCAUCCGCUUCUUUGCCAGAUCUCAACGCUUCUAUUGUGAUCAUCGGAGAUUGUGAACAUUUGACAGUGGAGAGCCUGAAGAUCUCAUCCCAGGCUCUUUACCUUUUUAGAAUUGGUCGAUGUGAUUUUGUGAAAAUACCGACGAUGACGAAAGCUCUAAAAAUCUACCACUCGAAUGUUUUUAUCCAUGAAAGAGCGUUUCUCAACAAUCACAUUUCUGUGAUGGCCCUUUCACAUACAAACGUUCGCAAAGUCACUCUGAAGGCUUUUGUGAAUGUCACAAUCGACAAUUUAAUAGUUGGCAACUCUUCACUGGCUGCAUGGCACCCAGAUUCCGUUCAAAGGUCGAAAAUUGGAAAUGCAAGUAUCGUUGAUUGUAAAAUAGGAUCUAUCCCUUCUCUUCUGCGUGCAGUUCGGCAUUUGCUCAUAAGCAACAGCGUACUCUCCAAUACUGACGGCCUUUCCGCAAUCGAAGACGUCCGCCUCAGUAACAAUACGAUACUUUGUUGCUGUGGUAGUGUAAAUACUCCUUGUACAAAAGACAAAAGAAUGAGACAGAAAUGUGAGGAUCAUUUCGAGUAUUUGAAUUGUGAUGUCGGCAGUUAUGCGAAUGACCGUGAAUUAAUGCCGUUUUUGUUGCUUAUGUUGCUUAUUGAAUAUAUUUGUUGA